UCUGCUUUUUUUGAACGGUCUGCUGUGUGCUGCUGUGUCACUUACAGAAACUGCUGCACCACGGUCCAUGAUUUGAAUUUUUUCCAUCGAUUCUUAAAUUUAGAAACCCAUUAAUGUUAUAUUUUCAUUGAAAUUGAAGUCUUGUUUACGAGUACGGCAAACAAGAAAUCUUGUCAACUCUAUGAAGUAACAAAAGGGCAUGUCUUUACAACUGUUGCGGCGGGUUUCGUCUGCUUUGUUGCCUGUGACAGCUUUUAUGAAAUCCAAUACAAUGUCAACCCAGGGCAAGCCCUUUGGUGUGCCGUAUUAUGAUGGGAACGAGGAAAAUUUAUCAGAUAUUGAGAGGUGGCUGUCAACUUUUGAAGGAGGACAAGUGAUCUUAUGUAAAAACGAAAAAAGUGGUGUAGCAGAAAUAACACUUGACCACCCAAACAAAAGAAAUGCCAUGAGUGGAUUAAUGAUGGUUCAGUUAGGAGAGAUUGUGAAAGCACUUGAAAACUGGACUGAGGGGAAAGGUGUCCUCCUUCGAGGAGAAGGCAGUAUCUUUUGUUCAGGGGGAGAUCUUGACUUUGCUAAAGCUUCAGCUGGUGCGGAGGGAGGAUUUAAAAUGGCUUGCUACAUGCAAAAUAUUUUAAGUCGCCUGAAGGCGCUACCAAUGCUAAGUGUAGCUCUAAUACAUGGUCAAGGAGCUCUGGGUGGUGGUGCUGAAAUUGCUACUGCUUGUGAUUGGAGACUGAUGACUAAAGAUUGUAGUGGCAUUGGAAUGGUUCACACUCGAAUGGGCAUUGUGCCUGCAUGGGGAGCCAGCUCCAGACUCGCAGCCAUCGUUGGACCUCGAAUUGCAUUAGAACUCAUUUCAUCCAGCAGAAUAGUUUCGCCUCAAGAAUCUCUUCAAAUAGGCUUGGUUGAUCAUAUUGUGGAUCCAGGCCCUGAAGGCAAUGGCACACUAGAUGCCACACAGUGGCUCCUGAACCAUGUUCGGGCAGACUCUCAAGUAAUACGUGCUGCAAAAGCCACCAUGUCCAGUUUUGAGCACCACGUUGGAUAUACCAAAUCAUUAGAAGAUGAGCGAAGACUUUUUGCCCCUCUUUGGGGUGGUCCAGCGAACCAAUCGGCUUUGAACAGUCGUAUCAAACAUUUAAAGUAACUGACCACUUGGCAGCAGUGCCGUUGAAAACAUUCAUGUUGUAGAUAAGAAAUCCUGGCCCAGUCCAGAAAAAGUGCGAUUGUGAGGUUUGGAGAAAUGCAUAAGUUAUGUUGCCUGAAUUUAUUUUUAUAAAUGAAAAGUCCUUCUUCUUGUAACUUCAUAAAAAUAGGCUUUUAUUUUUAUUAUUAAAAUAUAAUUCAAAAGAA